ACUCCGUAAAGUUUUUUCUUACAAAUUGCUGAACUUUUGCUUACCUUGUAGCUGUGCUUACAAGGUUCCAAUUAAUGGCUGUAUAUUGACAUAAACAGGACCAAAUUAAUAUGAAAGCAAAAAUUCCUUCUUUGGUUAAAAGAGGCCUUUUCCAGUGGCUCAAUUACAAACCAUCAGCACAGCAAAAGUAUUUUUACCAAUAAAUUCACUAAGUAAAGAACAUGAGCUCAGUUCAUAUAAAAAACAAAUUCAACAGACUUAUAAAUAAGCUCAUACCCAGCAUAACACCUACCUAGCACUUCAUUUCAUUACAUAUUUAUAUAUAUCACUAAGUGCCGGUAUCACAUUUUCCUUUUCAGAAAAUUCUUCUGAGUGUCACAAGAAAUGGCAAAUGCGAGGAUAUGAAUUACGUGACAAUGCGUUCCUUCCAACUCACCGUGAUUCCUAUUUUAACUUUAUCUAUAAUCGGUUGCCAUGGUGACCAGAAACCAACGGAUCCAGAUUCGUACGCGAGUCAGUUCAUCGCCGAUUUAUGGUUAGAAGGUGCCGAUGUCAUGAGGAUUAUUUGGCGAGACUGUUCCAAAAAGUUGGUAGACGUAAAAGACGUCAUUGAUCACAAGGAAUACUUCCCGAAGUUCGUGAGAUGCAUGAAGAGGAAGACUCUGAGGGCCCUCGAUCGGUCGUUGACCCCCGACGUGGUGCCGGUAGCUGAUGGCAUCAACUUGGUGAGAUUCGAGCUUGUCGAUAGAGCGGGCAACGUCGUGCCGGAAAAUGGGACCAGUUACUGGACCGAAAAGGAAUUGGAGGAAGGUGAAUGGCGGACGCUUGCCCUUCAGAGGAUGGCCAAAGUUCUCAAAACACACGUAAUCAAGUUCGACUUUGACGACGCAAAAGCUCUUGAUAAAGUUGAAUACCGCGGUCGUCGCCGUCACCAUAUGAUGACCAUGAUGAUGUUUGGAGUCGUCUCCAUCGGUAUGGUGAUGGUGCCCAUGGGUUUCCAGUUCUUAGCAGUGUUAGGAGGCAAAGCCCUCCUCCUUGCGAAAAUGGCGCUCAUUCUUGCUUCGAUACAAGGAUUGAAAAAAGUAGACAGUAGUAGUGAUGGGUAUCAUGAAAGGGGGAAGAUCGCUUCAAGUCCGGUAAACUACGGCUUCUAUCACUCUUACCCUUACGACUACUACGAGAAGAGAAGUGGAGACGACUGGCCGCCACCCGGGGUCAUGCCGGGAACACCACCGCCAGCCCUUUCAGUACACAAUCCUUGGACAGACACAGAAUCAAUCAAACACGACCGGAUUCAAUUAGCUCAAGAUAAAAAGUCCAAAAUAACCCCGAAAGCCCCAGAAAAGGUUACUUGGAAGCCGGAAUUACCGAAAGCCGUGAAACGAGAUGCUGAACCACGACUUUAUCCGAUUUACGCUGGCCCGGGCGACGUGCCGACUACUAUAUUCACCUCUAUCGAUGCGCCCACGCCCCUGGUGGACCUGACCACAAGGCCUGGGGAUGUGCAAGCAGAUUACUCACUAGAUCUACCCUUCAAUCGAUUUCAUUUUCAAAGUCCCACUACUGUCGUUUCAGCUUGAUGUGUUCAUACGAUUGUUUUACGCCCUGUAUCAAGUAGUGACUAGUAUUUAUUCAUAUUUAGCUCAAGUACUAUACCCUAACAGACCAGUUUUUUAUACUCAUUACUAACUUAGUUAUAGAUGUGCAGACUAGAAAAAUGUAGAAGUAUGAAAAUAAAGAUACAUGUGUAAUUAGAAGUCUCAUUAUUUCAGUUCACCUUUUUUAUGAUAAGCUUAUAAAUCUCGAAUCCAUUUACUUUAGUUUUUCUAAAAGAAAAAUAACUUUUAAUUGCAUAGAAAAACACUCUGUUGGACUCAAAUCCAUCCCUCCUAACAAAUCUAGAAGAGUUUGCAAUACUGAAAAUAGACCACAAUUUCCAUAUACUUGCAUAAGACGCUCUUAAAAUAAACUAUGCGAAACAUGCAUCAGAAUAGU